AUGAUCACGAUCGAUGCUAUAGAUGAAAUCGGUGCAAAGGGAAUUGCAGAUCAAAUUAGAAAAAGGGUCGGCAAUACGGCAGCCUAUUUGACAAUUGAUAUAGACUCAGUUGAUCCUGCCUUUGCCGGCGCCACUGGAACACCCGAGCCUGAGCCAUUACACCCGGCUAUAAUGGUAUCUGCGAGUAUUGCAGCUUAUGUCCUCAUACACUCAUGGGACUCGAGAUGGUUCGGGGAGUCAGAGUUUUGGAUCGUUAUCUUGAAACUCUUAUUGCUGGUAAUGUGUGUAUUGUAUACUUUAGUCACUAUGUGCGGCGGAAAUCCCCUCAAUGGCGCUUAUGGAUUCAGAUAUUGGCGCGACCCUGGUCCAAUAGUGGGCGUUUCUAGCAGCGCUUUUGGUGCCUCAUUUGCCGUCGCAGGACCAGACAUGCUCUCAAUAAUCUCUGGAGAAGCUAGAGAUCCUCGUAGAGUGAUGCCGAUCGCAUUCAGAACAGUAUUUGUUUGGUUGUUUGUGUUCUUCAUCCUUUCAACACUCGCUGUUGGUAUUGUUAUAUCUUCAGAGGAUAAAAUUUUACUCAACUCCAUCAAGAACAACGGAGCUGGAGCUGCCCAAUCACCUUACGGAGCUAGCAUGAUGAGGCUGAAGAUCAAAAGGCUUCCUCAUCUAGUUAACGCCUCGAUUACUACUAGCAUUUUUAGUGCUGGAUCAGCAUUCUUUUUCAAUUCAUUACGUACACUGCACGGCUUGGCUGUUCAAGGGUUUGGCCCAGUUAUCUUUAAACGUGUAAAUAGAAAUGGUGUUCCCUACGCAACGAUUUUUGUUACAACGGCUUUCGCCUGCUUGAGCUACUUGAAAAUUGGUAAUGGUAGCUCGAAGGUCCUCGAUUGGUUCAUUGGUGAGCGUCAGAAACACAAAGCUAUUUCAACUGCUGACAUGAGAUCAAGGUAUCUCUACCGCUGCGCAACUGAUCACUUGAUGCGUUAUUUGUGUAACAUAUUUGCGCUGGGAGAAGGCGAUGAAGGUGCAAAGUUUGUUUGCUCUAUUUUGCGCAACGGCAGUGACGUUAAUAAACGGCUAUACGGUUUUCUAGAUGGAAACUGGGAUAUUGCUGACUUCUUCUUUACUUACUUCUCACCGAUAUGCUUCGUGGUGCUUGGUGUUGGAUAUAGUGUGAUCAAGAAAGAGGGGCUGGUUAGUCCUGACAAGGCAGACUUUUUCACCGAGAUGAAGGAGAUCGACGAACACGAGAAUUCACUGCUUGCACAAGAGGAGGAGAAACCUUUUUCAGCGAAGAAGGCUAUUAAUUGGAUUCUUUAG